CGAGAAAGGCUGGUUUGGCGCCCCGCCCGAGGUCACUGGCCAGGCGGCCUUGCAGCCGCCUGGCCGGGUCUUCGGCUGCUGCUGCUGCAUCCGGGCAGGGCCGAGGGGCGGGGAGCGCGGAUUGCGCGCUAUGAUGAAAUCCCCUCGCCGGGCGGGUAUAGGGCACGCGGCGGCUCAUUGCAAUAUUCAGCAGGCAGCCGCGGCGGCAGCAGCAGCGAGGCUGCGAAGGCGCCGGCAUCUUCCCUGCUGCAGCUCUUCUGCUCCCCAGCCGCUCCAUGGCAGGGUUGCCCUGACUCCCCCGCUACACCGCGCCGCCCGCUCCGGCCCGGAAUGAUCUGAACCCCUCCCGGCGGAGACGCACCCGAGUCCAGCGCUAUCGCCGAUCGCAGAGCUCAGUGCCGGGAUGGAUGCGUUUAUGAAGGGUCUAUCCAAGGCCAAGGAAGGGGUCGUCGCUGCAGCCGAGAAGACGAAGGAAGGGGUGGCCGUGGCAGCAGAGAAGACCAAGGAAGGCGUGCUCUAUGUUGGAAGCAAAACCAGGGAAGGCGUUGCAGGUGUGGCCUCAGUUGCUGAAAAGACAAAGGAGCAGGCAUCCCAGCUGGGUGGAGCUGUCUUUUCGGGGGCUGGCAAUAUUGCAGCUGCCACAGGCCUUGUCAAGAAGGAGGACUUCCCCACUGACCUGAAGCCUGAGGAGGUUGGUCAGGAAGCCGUGGAGGAGCCCCUGAUAGAGCCACUGUUGGAACCUGAGGGUGAGAAUUAUGAAGAGCCACCGCAGGAGGAAUAUCAGGAAUACGAGCCGGAGGCAUAAUGGCCAUCCCUGUUCCCGACACUUCCACCAGCAGCACAACAACAACAACAAUAAUGACGACCCUCCCCCUCCCCACCACCCUCCUCCACCUCUCCAAAGGAAGGCCUCGCUGCAGAUGGCGACGGAGAGGAGCCCCCACACCCCAUCCUGUCAUGAGUUCUUCCUCCAGUUCUGCUCCAAGGGACCUCAUCGGGAUCUGUGUUUUAUGUAUCGUGGUCUUUAGCGUUAAGAGAAACAAAGAGUUCUGAAGACAAACCCUGACCGCAGUGGUUUGUGUGUGCGUGUGUGCACGCAUUUGUGAGCCUGGCCUUACUGCCCUGUCUCCCUCCCAGCACAGUAAGGCCAGGCUUCUCUGUGUCUGUAAGAAGCAUGUUGUUAUCUUCUCCAUUUUAAAGCAGAGCAUCCCAUCACCUCGGCCGGGACCCUGCACUGGGCCUGCUGUACAUUUGCUUGCACGUGAAUCACGCCAACUCCGCUCCAUUACCAUUGGUGGAACUUUUUUUUUAUAUCUCUGAAUGGAUUGUUUACGCCUUUGUGACCUUCCCCUUUCCUGACUCCCCUGGUCUUGUAACAGAGACCCCCCUGAUUUGACGGUGCAGAAGUGGUGUCUGUGUAUCCCAAACAAAAGGAGUACCUUUCCCCUCUCCUGCCCCCAGUGCUCUGUGUUGUGACUGUGGCAUGGAUAUGGAUAUCUCCCACUGUCGCUGUGUGUGCAAACCCUGGGGCAGCUGCCAGUGACACAGCUGCCCCUGGGCCCAUGAAUAAAGCCAACUCUUGUCUGUA